AAAUCCCGAACAAGAACAAAGAAUGGAAGAUAUUAUGAGCACGAUUCGCAUAUUGUUGCCCUUGCGUAAGCAGAUUACCGGAUAUUUUGACAAACCGAGCCUUUCUCUUAAUCGAGAUUCUACUAAUGAGUUCUUAAGCACCUUUCUAAAAACUUACAUCGAGGAUAUUCAUGAUUUCCAUUUCAUCGAUGAAGAUCCUAUAGAUCGGGGAGAAUCCUCUUUAUCAUUAGACAAUAAGAAUACAACUUAUUACGAGGCUGAUGCAAGUGAUGAAGAAAUGGAUAUAACAGAUGGGAUAGAGGGAAUCAUAGGGGGUACUAAUCGAGGCCACAACGGUGGUGGCGACGGUGAAGCUCUAUUCAUUCAAAUAAGCAGGUUACUUAUGAAAUAUAUAAAGUAUUAUAUACUCAACAUAACACAUACCUAUGAUGCCAUGCCUUGGUGGGUAAGCGGGAUACCAUGGUGGAUGGCUGAGAGUAUCCUCACACUCUUAUCGUUAGUAUGUAUACAUUCUAUACUUCAAUUUAAUCCUCUUAUCUAUAAGGGCAAUCGAUGUGAUAUUAUUUAUAAGGUGCCGGAUAUUACAUUAAUAGGAAUAACCAACCAUAUAACAAAGGAACCAAUUAAACAGCUACAAUGGCUCUAUUCUCUGACACCUGAUAACUAUCCUACUAAAUGGAUCUAUAGACUAAGAAAUCUCUUUAGUUAUGAUGAGAAUAUUCCAUAUAGGAUAGGAUUUCUAAGAAUAAAGUGUUCUUUAGGCUUACGGAGUAUAAAAGGCUUAGUAUUAAGUGAUUCUGUAUUAUAUCAAUAUGCCCAUUUGGGAGCUGGCCUCAAAUCUCUCAUUCCGCAAUCUAGAGUAGCCAUUUUCAUGCAAGUUGCAACUCGUCAUUUUGAUGAAAGGCAUCGUAAGUAUCUCUACGGUUUCUUUAAUAUACUUGUGUAUUCUGGCGUAGGAUUAGUUGUUUGGUACUAUAUCACACCACACCUUAUACCUGAUUUAGGAUUCUUCCGCGGGGUAAACCUAGAUUCUUUUAAGGACCCAGCUUCGGUUGUUGAUGGGUACAAGAGGGUUUCGUACAUAUUUACAAAAGACGUCGUUAAGACUGUGUUAAGAACUUGUCGAAAUGAUACUUUUUUUCACAAUUUACUAAAUGAGGAAUCAAUCCAAUUUUUUGAUAACGAAAUUAUCAGCAUAACCGAUUUGAAUUCAAACAGACACCUUAAUCUAGAUCACUUCGAGGAGGUUGAAGCUAACAAGCUAGAUCUAGUAGCGUGUAUUGCAGUAGGUAUUAUGAGUGCUACCUUUAUAGCUACCAAUCUUCUUCCUCCUGGUACUACUACGAUAGUCCAAUGAAUAAGGAGAAGGUCGUUAUUUGUCAGUA